CAUUUGUUUUCCUUGUCAGAAAUCCCGUGUGCCAGACUCGAAAACUCUUGAGACGGAAAAAAGGGGGCCGACAGAAAUGAAUGCAACAACAGACGGAGAAAGUGCAGCAGGAAUGGCAGAUGCAGAGGCAACAGGAACAGUAACUACUAACGUACCUGGAGCACUUGCAGUAGCUAGACCUGAUGCUGGUUCUGUCCCACCAUCCAGACAACGGACAUUGACUCGCACCGAAGAACUGGACGCGGAUGGCGAUGACAUUGAUGUGGAUCCCGAUGCGGAUGAUGCCGCGGACAGUAUCACACUAGAACUGGCCCUCUCCCCCCACAGUAGCACGCCCACACCGCCGCCCACCAUGUCCGAGGAGGAUUUCGCCCAACUGGACAACAGCAAGCCCUUUAAGAUCAAGGACAUUACACGCAACAUACGCAAAGCCGUGGUGGCCACCACACUCGCAGAGAUGCGCCUGAAGGUGGCAGAAAAGUUCCAGCGCGCUGAACCGGCGAUACAUUUGGACUGCGAUGGCACCGAAGUGGAUGACGAGGAGUAUUUCAGCACCUUGGAGCCGAAUGCCGAGCUGAUUGCAGUCUUUCCGGGCGAACAGUGGCGAGAUCCGAGCGACUACAAUGCGAAUUUGCGGCGACCCUCGCUGGAUGCCCAGCGCCUCAGGAAAUUGGUUAGCAAGCUGCAGCAGAACUUCGUCAAUGACGACUAUUUGGACAAGCUCUCCAACAUGGAUCCCAACUCGCUGGUGGACAUCACCGGCAGGGAGCCUAAGGACAACGAAUACUGUGCGCAGAGCGAGGCGGCGCGACGAUCCACGGAGCUGUCCUGCUAGGGGGGACAUCCGUGGGUCACAUUGGAGGGCCUCCUGCCUCCUCGAAGAAUGGGAAUGGAACGCCGCUUAUGAUAGAAAUGUAAGGAAUUUGUAAGAGUUUUUAUGGGCAAGCCGGAACCCAUGGAUUCCGGGUAUUUUUGAAACACGUUUUGAUGCUGGACACUUGGAGCGAAGCGACCGAAUUGAAGCGAUUUUGCGGGGCUUUAACUGCAUCUCUAGAGCUGAAUGUUGUCUAUUUUUCGAGUCCACAUUACCAUAAAUACAUUGUAAACACUCUCACCUAGAACGCCCAAACCCGAAGAGCCGACCAUUGUUCCUAGACCAAUAGCUGUCCAAUAUACGAGUAGUAGAAGGUCUCCAAGGCCGAACCCCAAUCUCUUAGAUACCUUUACACAUCGGCCCACCCAGUGGGCCAGCAAAGUAUGUACCUAUCCAUCCCGUCUGUACCUUACCCGUCUCUCUAUUCCGUAGCAAAGUCAAUCUGUGUGUACAUAAAUGCCACUGUUAGGGAACAAAGACCAUGUAUAAUAAUUGAAUCUGAAUCAAAUGUCUGUUGCAUAGAUAGAUGUUCACACUUAGCACCAAUCGAAUUGUAUUUAAUAUUUGUCUCGAUUUGUGCAAAACAAAAAACAAAACUAGCAGAAAACUUUUGAGCAAAUACGAGUAGUAAUAAUCGACUUUGGAUAUUCGUUCUGUCCACAGAGAAAUCAAUUCACAUUUUAAUCUGCAACUCGGCUAAAAGUUUGAGGUAAAUGUGUGUGAAAAUUACUUUUUAUCAGUACAAUACAAUAAAUGGAAAAUAA